GGGGGGGGGGGGGUUAUUUGAUUUGGUUACAGUAAAGGUGUGGAUGUAAUUAGGUACAUACCUAAGGUACCUUAUCCGCAUCGUGGAGCCACCCUGCCGGGUGAUGAUAUUUGGAGAAAGAGCCACAGCUGAGGGACUAAUUAUUGAUAUGCGUAUACGCCCCUAAAUAAGUACCUAGGUACCUACCUCUAAGGUAGGUACCUAAUCUCAUACUCCCCUAAAAUACCUAAUGAAUGGUGCCAUCACAAAGGUUUCAUUCACUCAACAACCCCUCAAAAAAGGAGGAAAAAAAAAACACAUUAUUCGCCAUGGGUGACGAACCUAAAGAAAUACGCACAAGCAAUGUACUUAAUGAUUAUUAUAACCUUGGAUCUUAUAGGCGAAAGGCGGCAUCGAACAGCGAAGAAGCUCGGGAAUGGUUCAAUCGCGGUUUGAUCUGGAGCUACGCAUUCAAUCACGAAGAGUCUGCCAAAUGCUUUGAGCGCGCUAUCGUUUCCGACAACGACUGCAUCUUAGCUUAUUGGGGUCUAGCUUAUGUCUUGGGCCCGAACUACAAUAAACCUUGGGAAUUCUUUGAUGAAGAUGAAUUUAAUAGCGUUAUGGAACGUGCGAAUGAUGUGGCCAAGCAGGCGAGGGCAAGGGUGGGAAAUGCUCUACCCGUCGAGAAAGCACUUGUCGACACCCUGAAAUACCGAUAUCCGCAGGAGGAGGACUCAUGGGAUAAGGACUGGCCGAUAUGGAAUCAAAGGUAUGCCGAUGCGAUGGAAAAGGUCUACAAAGAGUUCCCAGAUGAUCUCGACGUCGCCACCUUGUACGUGGAUGCACUGAUGAACUUGACUCCAUGGGAACUUUGGGAUAUUGCUACUGGAGAACCAGCAUCGGGAGCCCGCACGUUGGAGGCCAAGGAUAUCCUAGAGCGUGCAAUAGCUCAGCCUGGCGGGGAUCGACACCCGGGCCUACUCCAUCUCUACAUACAUCUCAUGGAGAUGUCUACGACCCCUGAAGCAGCCUUGGAUGUAGCAAACACGCUUCGAGAUCUUGUUCCCGAUGCUGGUCACCUCAUCCACAUGCCAACGCAUAUCGACAUUAUACUCGGCGACUACCAGAAUGCUAUCGAAUCCAACCAGAAGGCCAUUAUCGCCGAUGACAUCUUCUUCUCGAGAGAGGACCCCCUGAAAUUUUACACGCUGUACCGCGUACACAAUAUCCACUUCCGCAUAUAUGCCGCCAUGUUCGCCGGUCAGUUGAAGACCACCUUGGAAACUAUUACACGGCUCGAGCAGACCUUGACGGAUGAAAUCCUGCACGUCAAGUCGCCACCUAUGGCAGAUUGGAUGGAAGGUUUCCUCGGAAUGCGUGUGCACGGCCUUAUUCGGUUCGGACGAUGGCAGGAGAUCAUCGACCUACCCUUUCAUGAAGACGAGGAGCUCUACUGCACUACUAAUGCGCUGAAUCACUACGCGAAAGGGAUAGCAUUAGCUGCCACGGGUAGGAUUGACGAGGCGUCGAAGCAGCGCGAGCUGUUUGCCGAAGUUGUGAAGGUUGUUCCGGAUUCUCGCACGGUAUUUAAUAAUAAGUGUGUUGAUAUACUGGGUGUCGCGGAAGCCAUGCUAGACGGCGAGCUGGAAUAUCGAAGGGGUAAUUAUGACUUGGCCUAUUCCCACCUACGCGUGGCAAUUGAGCGAAGCGCUGCUCUCCGUUACGACGAACCGUGGGGUUGGAUGCAGCCGCCGAGCCACGCGUACGGGGCACUACUAGUCGAACAAGGCCAUUACGACGAAGCCGUCGAAGUUUACGCCGAUGAUCUCGGUAUAAGCGGCAAGCUCCCGCGCGCAUUGCAACACCCUAAAAACGUCUGGUCGUUACAUGGAUAUCACGAAUGCCUGGUAAAACUAGGACGUAUUGACGAAGCUAGGGCUAUAAAGCCGCAGUUGGAUGCCGCGAUAGCUGGAGCUGAUGUGCCGAUCAAAGCAUCCUGUUUCUGUCGCACAAGCGUGUUUUAAGGAUCCGAAGGAUGUUUCUUAUAUGAAGUUAUGAUGAUAAUGACACAGUCGGUUGAUUAGAGCAUGGUAGUUUAGGUGCUUAUAUAGGUACCUACCUAUAUAUUCUGUCUUGAUAUUUCGACCUUGCGUAUUCCAUCCAAUGUCACUGUUCCUAGGUUCACGAGCGAAGACAAUAUACUCAAUGUCCUAGUAAAGUAUGACAAUGGAGGAUAAGUGUAAUCAAGGGCGCAUUUGCUACAUAUUAUAAUAGA